GCGCAGGAGGCGCCCGGCGGCCCCGGCGAGGCCGGAGAGGAAGCGGGGAGGCGGGGUCUCCCCGCACGGGGGCGCUGUCACCUGCCCGGGGAGGAGCCAGAGCGGGACCUGGUUUUUUUUUUUUUUUUUCUUUCUUUCUUUUUUUUCCAGCUCAGACACCCUGAAGCAGGGAACCCGUCCGGACCAUGAAGCGCGGCGGAGGCAUUGAGAACCCGGCUUUCCUCAGCUCCAGCCCUGACACCCCGCGCCGCCCCGUCUCCGCAUCGCCCUCUCCCGUGGAGGUGCCCGCCUUGCCCGCCGGCUCCCGGACGGAGAAUUCGCUGCCGCCCGAGCCGCCGGAGCCCCCGCAGCCCCCGCUGCCGGCCGCCGCGGCCCCGGACCCCCGAGCGUCGCCCGGGCCGGAGUCGCGGUCGGAGGCGGAGGGGCCGUGCGGGUGGGGCAGCUUCACACCCCGGUGCCUGCAGCCCUGCAACACGCCGCAGGGCUUUCUGAUCCACUACUGCCUCCUGGCCCUCAUCCAAGGUGUUGUGGUAAAUGGCCUAGUAAAUAUUAGUAUUUCUACUAUUGAGAAGCGCUAUGAAAUGAAGAGUUCCCUGACUGGCCUGAUAUCAUCAAGCUAUGAUAUCGCAUUCUGCUUGUUGUCUUUAUUUGUUUCAUAUGUUGGCGAAAGAGGACACAAACCAAGAUGGCUUGCAUUUGCAUCUUUUAUGAUAGGACUGGGAGCACUCGUAUUUUCAUUGCCAAAAUUUUUUAGUGGAAAAUACCAGUUGGGGUCCCCUUUUGAAGAUACUUGUUCAAUAGCAAGGAAUAGUACCAGUUGUACCUCUUCAAGUUCUUCACUUUCCAACUUCUUGUAUGUCUUCAUCUUGGGACAACUGUUGCUAGGAGCAGGAGGAACUCCCCUCUAUACGCUGGGAACAGCCUUUCUUGAUGACUCUGUACCCACACACAAAUCUUCUCUCUAUAUAGGAAUUGGCUAUUCUAUGUCAAUAUUAGGCCCAGCUGUUGGCUAUUUGCUGGGAGGACAGCUGUUAACCGUGUACAUUGAUAUUGGUUUGGAACAAAGCACUGAUAUAACUGAGGAUGACCCACGAUGGCUUGGAGCAUGGUGGAUUGGAUUUCUUAUGGCUUGUUUUUGUGCUUGGUGUUUAAUAAUACCUUUUUCUUGCUUUCCAAAACAUUUACCAGGUACAGCAAAAGUUCAAGAUGGAAAAAUUUCCCAGACUCAUCAGAGUAAUAGUUCCUUAGAUCGUAUAGAUGAGAAUUUUGGGGAAAGUUUUAAAGAUUUUCCAGCUGCACUAAAGAAGUCCAUGAGGAAUACUGUCUUCAUGUGUUUAGUUAUAUCAACUUCUUCAGAAGCCUUAGUUACUACUGGAUUUGCUACAUUUUUACCUAAAUUUAUAGAAAACCAGUUUGGAUUGUCGUCCAGCUUUGCAGCUACCCUUGGAGGGGCUAUUUUAAUUCCUGGUGCUGCUCUGGGUCAGAUUUUAGGUGGAGUUCUUGUUUCGAAGUUCAAGAUGACAUGUAAAAACACAAUGAAGUUUGCUUUGCACACAACUUUAAUUUCACUUCUGUUGAGCUUUGUAUUUGUUUAUGCCAACUGUGAAAAUGAGCCAUUUGCUGGAGUGUCUGAAUCAUAUAAUGGGACAGGAAACCUGGGAAACUUGACCACUCCUUGUAAUGCCAACUGUAACUGCAUGCGGUCACAUUAUUAUCCUGUCUGUGGCAGAGAUGGAGUCCAAUACUUUUCUCCCUGCUUUGCAGGCUGUAAAAGUUCUGUUUCAAUGAAACGUUCAGAGGCAUAUUACAACUGUUCCUGUAUUGAAAUGAAAACAGAAAUAACACAUCCUGCAGAAAGUUUUGGUUAUGAAGCUAAAGCUGGAAAAUGUGAAACUCAAUGUACAAACUUGCCCAUAUUCCUUGGCGUUUUCUUUGCUGCAAUUGUUUUUACCUUCAUGGCCGGUACUCCUGUCACUGUGUCCAUCCUAAGGUGUGUCAAUCAAAAGCAACGGUCUCUAGCUUUGGGAAUACAGUUUAUGAUGCUUCGAUUAUUAGGCUCAAUACCUGGACCAAUUAUUUUUGGUGUCGCAAUAGACAGCUCAUGUAUUCUCUGGGAUGUUAAUGAAUGUGGAAUUAAAGGAGCCUGCUGGAUUUAUGAUAACAUCAGGAUGGCCCGUAUGCUUGUGGUUAUAAGUGUUAUUUGUAAAAUUGCCACCAUUUUCUUCAAUGGGCUUGCAAUCUUUUUGUAUAAUCCGCCAUCAUUAGACACAGAGGUGUCAUUUCAAAAUUCGAAUGCAGUUUUGUCUACUGUUUCAGUGGACCUUGACCUCAACAAAGCAGGAAAUGAAGGAUGAAAUAGAAAAAGAAGAGAGUGUUUUACCGCUGGAGAAUUGGCCUCCAUUUGUAAGAAUGCACUUUGCCAUUGGGCCUUUAUCUACUCAAUGUGGACAAUCGUUUUAAAAAUUGAUGUUUUAUAAUUAAAUGUGUUUUUUUUUUGUGUAUAUUUAUGGCAUAUAUAUAUAUAUAUAUAUAUAUAUGAACUCAUUUGUUUUAUUUUAAAGUAAGAAACAGACCUAUGCCUUCAAAACCUCACCAAAUGCCUCAAAACAUACACACACACACACACACACACACACACACACACACCAUCCUCUAGGUAUGAAAUUCCCAAUUAAUAAACUAAACCAGGAAAAAAUAGCCAAUAAUUAGUUAAAAUUUAUGGCAUAAAAAGUUAAUUUUAUGAGUGAUUUUCAAAGCUAUUUUUGACAGCCCAUGAAUUUAGAACCAGCUAGAUAAUAUAAUUUCUUUUGAAAUUGACAUAUACUAAUCUGUCCUUUAUCACAGAAAGUUACCAAACUUUUAUAACACAGGUUUUCUUCUUUGUGUCCCACUAUAUAGUGAAUUUAGAAAUAUCAGCAUUGUCGAUACAUAUUUUCACUUUAACUCAGGAAAUCUAGGAGAUAAUCUGUUGAUAUUGCUGAUUUUUAACAUUUACCUCUUAAUAUGAAUCUGUAAAAGUGUUAUUCAAUUACAUAUCUUCCUGGGAAAAAUACUAGCUUCAGGAAAUAAAAGUGCCAAUUAGACACAAAAGGUUUCUUUAAAAAAAAAAAAAAAAAAGACGGGUGCAUUUUAUUGGUUUUCUCUGAAAAGAUUUCUUAAUAAACUUUUGAUCAAUGUUUAGAUACUCAGUACUUUAAUUUUUAUCAUUAAAAAAUGAUUAGCUAGUACAUUUCUUAUAGCACCUAAAAUAGUGUGUUCCUUAUAGUAGGCAUGCACUAUUAUUCUUGAUUUAAAAAAACUCUGUAACCAAUCCAUUCAUUUGAAAGAUAGGCUGUUUUACAUGUCUGAUAGCGUUGUAACACUCCAUCAAUUCAGGUCAGCCAUCAAUUCACUUGAGUCAACUUUGUUUACUCAGAAUGUGAAGAAAAUAGAUCAGUGAACAUCAACCAAAACAAUAUCUGUCUGGUCAGGAGUUUUACUGAUUAAGAAAAUUGUUGAGUCAUACCCACUUGAAAUUUUUGUGAAAUAAGAUUACUAAUUUAAUAAGGUUAGCUUUUUCACAAGCAGUGUGUUAUAUAUACACUGUGACCAAAAUAACAGACAAUAGCAGACUGAGAGAAAAGCCCUGGUAGGAAACCAGGACCAGAAGCUCUAGUAACCCACAGAAUUUAAGAGCAUAUGUUUCAUGGUAAUCUGUGGCCAGUGAUGAUGGAAGAAACCAGUAGCAUUUGUGUAUAGAAAUAUAAGAAGGAAGGAAUGUAAACAGGUGUAGAUUUAGAGGAGCAGAGGGUCAGGAAUUAGAGAGACAGAUGAACUUAAACCAGGGACAUAUAAAAACCAGAGGUUGAGGCCAGAUGGGUAGUCAAAAAGCCAGGUAUUUGGGAAGCAGGAAAUUAAUAACCAAAGAGACAUUGCAAGGGAGGCUGGAAAGAAACACGUGAUACCUCAGUUCAGAAUCAGUUUCCCUUCCACCCAGUCAAACAUUUUCAAUGCUGCCCCUGUUGGAGCCAAGGCUAAAGGACAAUUUAGGCUCUCUGUGUCUAUAUGUGGAAGCAGGGAAUUGAAUUAAACAUAAAGUCAAUUUAUAGAAGUAAAAUAAUGGCAAAUUCCAAGGAACUCAUUGAUAGAAAUGUGAAACAGCAGCAAGAGAGGGAACAAUAAAUAUGAAAACAUGUUCCUUUAAGGCCACAUA